UUCCACGUAGGGUUUGGGGUGGGUUUUUAUACUUCGUAAUUCAUUCCAAUUCACCCGUAACGCUUCGCCAUUCGCCCUUUCUUGCAUAAAAUAACUUCCAAAACAAUGCCUUUUAGGCAAGCAGCUGCUAGAUUCUGCAAGGAACUGCGAAAAUCUUCUGGGUUGCCUAAAAUCUGUAAUUCUUCACCAAAUACAGGGAAGCAUAUAGUAUCAAGUGAGUGUGAUUUUGGUGGUUAUACUAAGAGUAGGUGCCGGGGGGAAGCUUCAGGGUGGGUUUUUCUGUCUGCGCCGGCUGCUUUACUUCUUGGGUCAUCUUUGACUCCUUCCCUGGCAGAAGAUGUUUCUCACCAAUCAUAUUCAGAAAAUGACAAAAACACCUCAAAUAAAAUUCCAGAAGAGGCAUUGAUAUCAAAUGAGCAUACAUCCAAGUGGAGAGUUUUCACUGAUAGUGGCAGGGAUUAUUUUAUGCAGGGAAACCUAGAGCAAGCUCAGAAAUUUUUUCAAUCCGCAUUACAAGAAGCUAGGGAAGGUUUCGGAGAAAGGGAUCCACAUGUUGCUUCCGCAUGCAACAACUUGGCUGAACUCUAUAGACUCAAAAAGGAUUAUGAGAAUGCAGAACCAUUGUAUGUGGAGGCCAUUAAUAUACUUGAAGAAUAUUAUGGAAGAGAUGACAUAAGAGUUGGAGCUGCCCUUCACAAUCUUGGUCAAUUCUACCGUGUAUUGCGAAAAUUGGAAAAUGCUCGUGGAUGCUAUGAGCGUGCUCUAAAGAUCAAGCGACGGGUCCUUGGAGAAUUUCACUCAGACUAUGCUGAUACAUUGUAUCAUCUUGGAACUGUCUUGUAUCUCCAAGGGAAAGAGAAGGAUUCUCAGGACUUGAUUGCAGAUUCCAUACAGAUACUGGAGGCAGGUGAGCUCAGAGACUCAGCCCUUUGUGUCAGAAGAAUGCAAUUUCUGGCUCAGAUUUACAGCAAGUCCAACAAACUUUCUGAGGCUGAGAUUUUAUUGAGAAAGAUUCUGCAUGUGUUGGAAACAUCAAAGGGGUGGAAAUCUUUGGACACAGUUGUUGCUGCUGAACGGCUUGCAUUGGCCAUCCAAGCAGUAGGGAAGUUGAGAGAGGCAGAAGAAUUGUUAGAAAGAUGCCUUGAUGCUCGAAAAAGCCUGCUUCCUGUUGAUCACAUUCAGAAUGCAGCAAAUGGACUGUUCCUCGCUAGAGUGAAAAUGCUCAUCUCCAAAACCGACACUUCUCGGGCUAUGGCUGAAAUUGACAUUGCCAAAAAUCUAUUGCACAAUUCAGUUAGGGUAGCUCAGAAAUCCCUUACCCGAUCUAUGGAGCAGAAAGGAAAGGAAAAGCCCAAUAUGCCACCUGGAAAAGCAGGGAAAGGGGCUCAUUCAGCAAUGUUGAUACUACUACAAUCUAUGAAUGCUCUUGGGUCACUCGAGCUUCUGAAGUUGGAGAUAGUCGACUCUAAGAAAACUGUUCCGGGCAGCGCCGAUGCUGCUCCAUUUCAAUGCCUUUCUGUCUACAAGGAGUUUGAAGCAGAUAAUUCGAUAUCUGAGUCACCCGAAAUAAAAUCCGAGUAUCUCUCAUGUUUAAAGCUAUUUUCGGAGUUGAUGAGUAAGAGCAUCUUGUCGAAAGAAAAGGGUAGGCAAGAAAAAAUAAAGGAUGAAAUCCACCGCAUCGAAGAUGAGUUAUCGAGAGCACGAAACGACUGAAUUUUCGAAAUACAACAUAGCAUAGAAGAAAAGGAAGGCCUUCUCUUGUAGUUUUAGUUGAGCCAAAAUGCGUUGUUCAUUUGUUCGGGGUUUGGAUUUUGAGUUGGGAUUUGAAAAAUAAAAGUUUUGAAUUUGAAUAGUUGUAUGAUGUGAUAUAAAUAAGAGUUUGAUACGAUGUUUUGAAUGUAAAAUUGAUUUUUAAUAUAAUAUAAAAAAUAAAAAAUAGGUGUUAA